ACCAUGGGCUCCAUCACCACCGCCAAUCCCCUCUUCCAGCCCCUCCAGCUAGGGGCCCUCUCCCUAUCCCACCGCGUCGUGCUGGCCCCCUGCACCCGCAUGCGCGCCACCAAAGAAUCCGACGGCGUUUACGUCCCCAACGACCUAAUGGCCGAAUACUACAGCCAGCGGGCCUCCCCGGGCGGUCUUCUCAUUACCGAAGCCACCCCUAUCAGCCGCUACGCCGCCGGCUACCCCGGAGUCCCGGGUAUCUUCACCCCCAGCCAAAUCGCCUCCUGGAAAACCAUCACCUCAGCCGUGCACUCCAAAGGCGGGCUCAUGAUCAGCCAACUCUGGCACGUCGGCCGCGCCACCGUACCCUCCCUCCUAGACGGCCAACCCGCGCUCGCCCCCAGCUCCAUCCCCAUCACCGGCACCGCCCUAGACGGAAGCCUCUACGCCGACAACCCGCCCAAACCAAUGAGCAUUGGUGAAAUCCAAUCCACGAUCGCCACCUACGCGACGGCCGCGUCCAACGCCAUGGCCGCUGGCUUCGACGCCGUGGAAAUUCACGCUGCGAACGGCUACCUCCUUGACCAAUUCCUGCACGAUAACGUGAAUACUCGGACCGAUGAGUACGGGGGAUCUGUUGCCAACCGGGCCAGAAUCGUACUCGAGGUUAUUGAAGCGGUGAGUAAGGCCAUUGGGUCUGAGAAAGUUGGGGUUCGACUCUCCCCGUAUAAUUAUUUUCAAGAUACGAGGGAUUCGAAUCCCCAGGGUCACUGGGUGGAGAUUUGUGAGUUGAUUGCUGGGUUACCGGAUGGUGUGCGGCCCGCGUACGUGCAUAUGGUGGAGCCGAGAUUCGAUGAGGUGUUGGAUGAAUCGGCCAAGAUGGAUUCGUUGCCUGGGGGAGGGGGGAAGAAGAAUUUGGAUAUCUUUCGGAGACCGUUGAAGGAGGCUGGGGUGGGGUUUAUUGCUGCCGGGGCGUUUAAUGGGGAGAAUGCGAAGAGUAAGGUGCUUGGGGAUGGGGCGGAUGCGGUGGCCUUUGGGAGGUGGUUUAUUGCGAAUCCGGAUCUGCCGAGGAGGUUGUUGGAGGGCGUGCAGUUGAAUAAGUAUGAUCGGGGGACGUUUUAUGGCGCGGACCCGGCGGAGAAGGGGUAUACGGAUUAUCCGGUUUGGGAGUGA